CGCUUUUGUUUUAAGUACAUUGAUUGGCAGUGCAUGACCUUGAUUCUCUAGACUCUAGAUUUCUAGGCGAAUUGCAUUUCACUUAUCUUUUUUUUUAAGUAGUUUCUCAAUAUAUUUUAUAAUCUUCAUAUAUUUUAUUGAGUACAUGCUGUGUUUUUUUUUUUUUUUUUAAUGUAGCCUAAACACCUGAACAUUGCAGAAUUUAAACUUCAGAAUUAUAUGCUACCAUUCAGGAUAAAGAAGAAUUAUGCAACCGCGCAAUUGAGUGUAGGCCCAACAGGGAUUAAUACACUUACGCUGUCCAAUUGUCUCUCAAAAAGCCAACAUAAACAACCAUAAAGAAUUUUGUCCGUGUGCAGAAAACAAUGAAAAUGUGUGAUAUACCCUACACUGACAUCGUCUUGGCCGCAUAGAUAUAUUUCAAUAGACAGACAAGACAUAUAGAUAGCCAAAACAGGCUCAGAUGGGAGUCGGGGAUGGGAUAAUAUGUUUGGAUCUGAUUUGUUAAACUGUAAUUUUAGGCCUACUUCUAAUUCAUACACAGAAAGUGAGUUUGCCAGUCGUAAACUAAACCAUGUAGGCCUAAUUGCCCGUGCGAACCAGAGCCCGUUACAUAAUCGCCGGUGACAUAACCGAGUGUGAGCUGGGGACGGCGCGAGAGCACCGCUAACGGGACCAGAGCGCGCAAGCCGGUGAUUUUCCAAGGGCGGUCAGUGGUGCUCUGUCCCGGUGACUCGGCAAUCAGCUGCUUUCCCCUCCUCGAAAUGACAACAGUGGCGUGCCCGUCCAACCACAGACCUACCGGUUGCGACAAAACAACCUCAGCAAGGAACGGAAUUUAGCUUUAGCGCCAGGAUCAGAAGAAACGGGAACUUUUUACUUUAAUUUCUCUUAUAGAUAACUCUCAAAGGAACAUUACCCCUCUUAAUAGUCAUGGCGAUGUGCCUGCUUAAACGCUUGCGUCGGCCGGGGCGCUAGCGCAGCAGGUGUCUAUAACGUAUAGGCUGCCAUGCAACCAGCAUUUAGUUUUAAAUGAGUUUUAAAUUAACGAAGAAGGAAGGACACUUUUUUAUCUUAAAAAAUAGAGAAAAGCCUGUCUCAGUGAACAGGUGAGCGAAGCAUUGGUGGAUCUGAGAACGAGUUUUGCGCCAAGUUGAUAGAAAGUUAUGGAAAAGGACUAUCCUAAUUCGCCGGAGGGAUAUAGCAACGACGUACAAACCAAAUCUGAGAACCCAACACCGAAGAAGACUCAUUUGACUCAGAUUGAGGUGAUCCCCUGUAAGAUCUGUGGAGAUAAAUCAUCAGGAGUUCAUUAUGGAGUCAUCACGUGUGAGGGAUGUAAGGGCUUUUUCCGGCGUAGCCAGCAGUCCAGUGUGUCCUACUCGUGCUCGCGCCAGAGCAACUGCCCCAUCGACCGCGCCAGCCGCAACCGCUGCCAGAGCUGCCGUCUCAAGAAAUGUGUGGCCCAGGGCAUGAGCCGAGAUGCGGUGAAGUUCGGCCGCAUGUCCAAGCGCCAGAGGGACUCCCUGAUAGCCGAGGUGGAGCGGCACCGGGCGCAGCAGCGUCUCCAAGCCAGCUCCGCCGACGUCCAGCCCUUGCCCACCUACUGCCCGGGCAAAGAGUCGCGCGACGGGUCGCCUCAUCUGCUCCAGCCCCUGGCUUCGGCCUACCCCUUCCCCAUGGACCCCGAACUGCCGCGCUGUUCCCCAGAGGUGCACCCGUACCUGUUGUGCCCUCCGGGCGAGAUCCAGACUGUGGGUCUGUCCUACCGAAGCUCCCAGAGGAGGGGAGACCGCAUUGGACUCACUGACAGCAGGGUCUUUAACCCCAGGCAGUCCUCUCCAGACCAAGGAGCUUUGAGCAUGGCUGGGACUGACAUAGGGCUGCGUCCGUACGAUCCAGAGGACCCCUACUGUCAUUACCCUACCUCACUGCUGCACAUAGAGGAGCUGUGUGCAAGCAUAGUGCGUUCUCACAGAGAGACCUCUCAGUACCGUGUGGAGGAGCUGCAGGCCCUGCGCUGGAAGAUCUUCACCAGAGAUGAGAUCCAGAUCUUCCACACCAAGUCCGUCGAUAAGAUGUGGGAGCUUUGUGCUGAUAGGCUGAGUGAUGCUGUGCAGUAUGUAGUUGAGUUUGCCAAAAGGUUGCCAGGGUUUCGCCAGAUCCGUCAGAACGACCAGAUCAAUCUGCUCAAGAGUGGCUCAAUGGAGGUUGUUCUUGUCAGGAUGAGCAGACUGUUCAACACAGAGAACAGCACCGUUUUCUUUGAUGGAAAAUUCGCCGGAACCGAAGUUUUCAAAUCCCUCUUAUGUUCUGACCUGAUAACGGCCGUGUUCGACUUCGCUCAUAGCAUGUGUGCAUUGAGGCUGACUGAACACCAGGUGGCGAUCUUCAGUGCACUGGUGCUCAUUAACCCUGAACGCCCAGGUCUUGAGGACAGAGGGCGAGUGCAGAGGAUGAGGAAGGAUAUUGAGCUGGCACUGAGUCACGUCCUCCACAGAGACAACCAGGAGAGUCUGCUGCACAGGCUGUCCCAGAAGGUGGCGAUACUGAAGGCCCUAUGCUCGCUCCACAUUGAGAAGCUGCACUGGUUCAAGCAACUGUACCCUUUCACCGUUCUCAACCACUUCCCUCCGCUGUACAAGGAGCUGUUCGGAUCCGAAUCAGAGACGCCCCCUCAGCCGCCACUCUGAAACCGCAACUCAUAUGCAAUACUGUUACACAUGCCCACACACACACACACACACACACUCACACACACACACACACACACACAGAAAAUCACACAGAGACACACACAGACACUGAAAUACAUGCAUUGUUUUAAUCUUUGGAAACCCUCCUAAAUAUUGAAAUCUAUAUUUUUGUAAUUGUGAUAACAGGAGAAAAUAUAUUCAAUACAGGUCAGAGAUGGGAAUUAUUUUUGUGCAGAGACUAUUUUGUAGAAAAACAAAACAAGUAAGAAUACCAGAGCUUAGCAUCUCAGUAUGACUAUUUUCAUAGUCAGGCUAGUGUUUCUCGAAGUGAAUAAAUGUGUUUUUUUUUUUGUCAAAAUUUUGUUCUCUUUUUGCUGGUAUAUAUGUACGUCAUCUUGUAAAUUAGGCCUAUCCACUGUGCUUGGGUCUCGGUGCUAAAAGGCCCUAUGACUGAAUACAGUUUUAAGAUGAUCAAGCAGGCAGUACUUAAUGCUGUUGGCUUUGUGCUGACUAUAUGCACACAGUGUCCAUAAUGGACAAAAAAAAAUCAGUCUUUAAUUUGUCAAAUUAGUAGGGGUUCAUGAUAUAUUUGUAAGGUUUAGGUGUGGAGGGCAAUACGAGAUCAUUGGAAAAGUAUUGAGAGGAUUGAGAGGAAAAAGAGAUAAAGAGAUUUUAUUGUGGUCCAGUUGAAUGCUCAAUUAAGUAGCUUAUCAUGUAAAAGGUAUGCAAGAUGUAUAUGAGGUAAUAUAAGUUUUAAGUGCUAAAGUUCGUCCGCUCGAUCAGUAUGUAGAAGGCUUGAUCAAAGUUGUUUAUCAGUGCACUGAUGUGUCUUAGCAAAACAGACUGGCUUAUGGCAUAUUUAACUAUCGCGGUUACCGUGGUAAGCUAUUUCAGUGACUGUGAAGAGGACUUAUGUGAGUAUCAGGACUGAGCAGUGCAGUAUGCAGCCAUUUAGUCGCUAACUCGUUUGUCUUUGUAUUCUUAAUUCAUUUUUCCUUUUGGUCAAAUGCCCCCCCCCCCCUUUGUGUCUAGCGUGAUCAUAUUAAUUCCUGCCAGUGACUGGCGUCAAAAGGGUGGUGCUCAAGUCCCUGUUCACGUAGUCAUUGAUGUCAACUAUCACUGCUGUGUCUCUCAGAGCAUGCCUUGGUUGCUGGCCCCUGGUGUCCGUGUGUUUAACCCUUUAAAUUCCUGCAACUAACAACACUUCCUGUUCAUACAAUGGACGAGAGAAUCAAUAAACUGUUGCAAUGUUA